GAUAAGACAAGCGGAAUAAUCCAAGAUGGCACUUCGGAGAUACGAAUUGCUGCAGUCAGCGUUCAGUCGUUUUCGCCGGAUCGUUAGUGGAACAGUUACGAAGAUGAUAGACGCAAGAAUUAUCGAUAUCGAUGUGAAAGACAUCAGAUUUCCAACGUCAUUAUUGGCCGAUGGUAGCGAUGCAAUGCAUACUGACCCUGACUAUUCUUGCGCCUAUGUAACAAUAAAAACCGAUCGGGGACACGAAGGGUACGGUCUUACAUUUACUUUGGGAAGAGGCACAGAAGUUGUGGUGCAAGCAUGUAAAUCCAUGUUCGGUCUGGUGAAGAAUCAAACAACCACUCAGAUUUACACCGACUUUGCGUCAUUCUGGAGAAAGUUGACGAGCGAGUCGCAACUGAGAUGGAUCGGGCCCGAGAAAGGUGUGAUUCAUCUCGCUACAGCGGCCAUCAUAAACGCACUGUGGGACUUGUGGGCCCGCAUCGAGGGUAAGCCGGUCUGGAAGCUUCUCACGGAUUUAACGCCCGAGCAACUCGUUUCCACCGUGGACUUUCGAUAUAUUACCGACGUAUUGACCAAGGAGCAAGCGAUAGACAUGCUGCGAAAGUACGAGCCGUACAAACAGGAGCGUGAAGAGCUCCUGAGAAGAAACGGAUAUCCCGCCUACACGACCCAGGUGGGAUGGUUGGGCUACAGCGAUCAGAAAGUCAAGGAUCUCUGCGCGAAGUAUUUGAGCUUGGGUUUCACGCGCUUCAAGGUGAAGGUAGGUCAGAAUCUGGAGGACGACGUCAGGAGGUGCCGUUUGGUGCGCGAGGCGAUAGGCUACGACAACAGACUGAUGCUGGACGCGAACCAAAUCUGGGAUGUGAACGAGGCGAUCGGGUGGACGAAGCGGCUGGCGGAAUUCAAGCCCUUCUGGAUAGAAGAGCCGACCUCGCCCGACGAUAUCGUGGGACACGCCGAGAUAGCCGCCGCCUUGAGACCGCACGGUAUCGCGGUAGCUACCGGGGAAAUGUGCGCGAACCGCGUCCUGUUCAAGCAACUGCUGCAAAUGCGAGCGAUCGACAUCUGUCAGAUCGAUUCGGCGAGGAUCGGAGGGAUCAACGAGAUCUUAUCUGUGUACCUCAUGGCAGAAAAGACUAAAACACCGGUUUGGCCACACGCAGGUGGGGUAGGCCUCUGCGAGAUGGUUCAGCAUCUCCAAAUGUGGGCUUACGUUUGCCUGCGCUCGUCCGUCGAGGAUUGCGCGAUCGAGUUCGUAGAUCAACAGCAUGAACACUUCGAGGAUCCCGUACUCGUUAAGGAUGCCUCCUACAAGCUGCCUACACUUCCCGGAUAUUCGACUAAGCUUAAAGACGAUUGCAUUCUGAACUAUACUUAUCCAGAGGGUAAAAAGUGGACGUAACCCAGGAAGGG